AUGGCCGACAAAUACCGCCCCCGAUUCGACGUCAACGACCGCACCAGAACCAUCCAGGACAAAGAGGAGUACUCCAAAACAUAUGCCAAUCUCCUCCGCGCGUACAACGGUCUCCGACUGCAUCAACAAGUCCUUCCUCAGGGAGAUGGAGAACAUCCUUGGGCGGUAUGGGUGCUUCAACUGUUGGUUGAGGAAGAGAAGAAUAGAAUCCCGAAUGAAAGUGACAGAAUUGCUGUUGCUUCUGGCACUGAGGAAGAGCAAGUUCGCAACGGGCUUCGACUUAUCGCGGCGCAGUUGCAUUAUCUCGAGUUGGAAUGGCCGGGCCGUCAAACGCAACGAGUGAGAGACAUGAGCAAGGAACCUACCAAAGAAAGCCCGAAUCCGUGGAAGACAGUGCCCAAGACUGCCGAGCCGGUUGAGGAAAACGAGUUCAGGGAUAGGAUAUUCGACAUGGGCAUGUACGAGCUGAGAGCGCAAGAGGAUCGACUCACACGACAGAUCGAGGAGAGCAACGGAGCGGAGGCAGGCGUUGUGAAGAAGCUGCGGGGUUUGAGGUAUGUUGUGCGACAACUCAUGGAGCAGCGUAAGCAGGUGGACGACGAGCAGGGGCUAGUUUGGAGUGUUGAGGAUCUGGAUCUUGUGCCGCAGGGGACGACUGGGGGAGCAUUGGGUGGGGAGACUGCUGAGAACUGGAGUGAUUACGAUCUGGACGACGACGUGGACGAGGGAGACGCCGAGACCGAUGACGAUGCGGGAGAUCUUAAGCACGACGAUAACGACACAAACAAGAGCAACAAGGCGGUCAACAGCGAUAAUGGAGGUAACGGAUUGGAGGACAACGACGAUGACAGCGACAAGGAAGAUGGUGGUGUGGACGUCAAGGCUGUCGAUCUGAUGAAGAGCGAGGACACUGCUCGAAUCAAGGAAGAUGACGACGAGUCCACUUUGGUCGAUGAACUCUCUGAUGCAAAGGCAGAGCAAGCCACCGUGGUGGAAGAUUACUACGAGAGUGAUGCACCUCAGACCAUCCUCUUUGAGGCUGCUGGCGAAGGAGUUCGGGUUUCUAUCGCGGGUGCUCUGCCUGAUGGAGCCAACGGCAGUGCGACUCAGGAGCUAGGAGGUACCGGCGACGAGUCAGAGCAGACCACCAGUAACGGCACGAGCAACAUGGACGACAAGAAGCUGUCGGAAGCUACAUUCGGUGAAGUUGCUGGCGCCUUGGGUAAGCUUACUGUGGACAACGACGAUGAGGACGCUGCAUCUUUGGGUAGCGCAAGCUGGUCAGAGUUCGCACAUCGAGAACCAGGCAAGUGGAAAGGACAGUGA